AUGGAUAAAAUCGAUCAACUCAAGAAAAACAGAGACUUGUUACAGGAAGCCUUGGACACCGGUUUCGAACAGGCAAAUGCCGUGAUUGAAAAGGAGUCACCAACGAAAUUCGAACUGUCAAAAGUUGAAGCAUGUUCAACAGAAAUCGACGAAACGUUCGUCAAGUUACAAAGUCUAAACGUGGAAAUAGCGAAACUAGUUACAAAACAGAAGGAAGAUGACCUAACCAAAGAGGAAAUCUUACAAACGAAACAGAGGAAUAUAGACAAUCGAACCAAACUAGUGCACGUGAGUAAGUUUGUAGAAUUACAGUCCAAGAAAACGGUCACAAAGCCAGCGACAGUCGACGCGCCAGCCGCGUCAGUACCCAAAACAGCGCAACUGCCAAAGUUGAAAUUACCGACAUUCGACGGGUCUUACACAUCAUGGAAAUCUUUUUGGGACACGAUUGAAGCAGAUGUUCUCAGUGCUAACUAUGCGGAUAUCACGAAAUACAAUUAUAUCAAGGGACAGUUAACGGGCUCAGCGACAGACGCUGUUGCUGGUCUUCAAGCUUCAGGGGAAAACCUGAAAGUACUGGUAGAAAUCUUGAAAGAACGUUUCGGACAACCCCGAAAAAUCAUUCGAUCACAUGUGAAUAACCUCUUAGAAAUGCCAGGGCCUGCAGGACAUUAUAAUGCUCUCCGGGAAUUCCACAACCGAGUAAUGGGGGACAUACGGUCCCUAGAAAACCUCAACGUCGAUAUCUACAAAUGCGCUCCGUUUAUUGUACCAAUCAUCGAAAAGAAGUUACCGAAAUUCUUCCGGGAAAAAAUGGGAACCUCAGGGCAACAGGAUGCUUUUGACUUAAAGCGAUUCAUGCAGUCUUUCUCAGAACAGCUUGAAAACGUUGGAGAACGCGCAGAUGCUCCUCCACAGUCGGAUAUCAGUCAUAGGAAAAGUACGCAGAAUCAGAAUCGAAACCUGAACGGGAGUAAAGUUUCAUUGGAUUCGUUUGUAAGUGUGCCCGCAGCCAAACCCAAAAUGUGUCAAUUCUGCAACUCCGGUCACAGUUGUUUUGAAUGCACUCUAUCACCAACAAACCGAUACAAUGCCGUUUUCAACAAACGCCUGUGCAGCAACUGUCUUCGAACAUCUCAUAUCGCCAAGGAAUGUAACAACCGCAGCAAAUGCCACACGUGUGGUAAAAAGCACCACACCAGUCUUCACGAAUACUUUGAACAGAAAUACAGCAAUUCAAGUAACACAGGAAUGUGUGCCGUAACCCCCAAGUACUCCGAUGUACGAAAAAUCGAUAUCAAUGAUCACGUGGGAUUUAAAACAACAAACGUGAAUUCCAAAAAACGCGCAACCAAUAGGCCGUCCACAGUUCUACUAGAAACAGGGUAUGUUACCUUACAGAAUAAAGGGAAGGAAUCCACAGCAGGAGUGCUGAUUGAUAGAGGAAGCAUGUCCUCUUACAUUCGCAAAGAUACAGCACAAAAGCUUCAACUCAAACCGGUGCGUUCCCAAUCCAUAAGUGUUAAUGGCUUCGGAGGCCACUCUUCAAAACGGCAAUACGACAUUGCAAAUGUUGAAAUUGCAACCACUGACGGUAUCAAAAUAAUUGAAGUUCUCAUCACCGAUGAAAUAGUCAACCCCAUCAAUCAACGAGAAUGGAAUACAUGUAAGGAGUACCCAUACAUAGCGAACAUUGAAAACAAGUUAGCAAAUAACUUUAGUGCCGAUGAAUUUACGUGGAUAUCAUGA